UCAUGCUGCUGCCAGGUCCAGAGUCUCUCAUGGGUCCCUGUACGGCCUCCCAUUGCUGCUGUCUCCAUCGCCACACUCUGCCAUGUGCCACUUUCAGGUCUCCUCACACUGCUGGUGUGUUCCAUUUUUUGUCAUAGGGUGCUGGCAGAUUACGGGCCUCCCAUAGCUGCUGCCAGGCCCCUAAUCUGCCAUGGGCCCCUGUACCGCCUCCUCAUGCUGCUGCCAGGUCCAGAGUCUCUCAUGGGUCCCUGUACGGCCUCCCAUUGCUGCUGUCUCCAUCGCCACACUCUGCCAUGUGCCA